GCUAAAUAUUGACCUUAACAUGUUAAUUUAGUUUUUUGACAACGCUCGUCUGUAGAUUUACAUGUAAACAAAUAUGCUGGUCCAACGACUGAUAUCAAAUGGUACAAGGGUCUUAUACAAAGUAGCCACCAACCAGAAUGUUUGCUCUCAACUACAACCAUUUAAGUGUAGAGUUAUCUCCCUUACUUGUAGAACCAUGGCAACACAAAUUCCAUUAGAUCCAAUGUGUAAAAAACCUGUAUAUCAUCCCAAGAAAGGAGAUUUAAUUUAUGCAGGACCAAACAACUCAACUGUGUUUUUAUGUAAAGCUGUUUCAUUGGGAACAUGUGUAUUCAGUGCUGCACUUCAGCCGUAUCUGUACAUGAUUGGUGAUACACUUCCCGUACCGUUAUUAGUGGCAGGGAUGGGGUCAUUAGGAUUUUUUAUGUUUGGAACAACAGCACUGAUGCAUUUCGUAACCAAAAGAUACAUAACAUACAUAUACUUCAACCGUAAAAAUAAGACAUUUACAGCAGGUCGGUUUACAUUCUUUCUACGAAAUAAAGAAAUGGAGUACACGACUAAAGAUGUUGUGGUUCCAGAUGUUGCAGGAAUUUUUACAACCUUGAAGAUCAAAGGAAAACCAUUUAUGGCAUUUGAUGAGCAUUUCUUAGACUAUGAUGUGUUUAUACAUAUGUUGGGAUAUGACAAGCCAAUGAAAUGGAAGUUCAAAUCUGAAAUUGAAUCGGAAAAAGAAAAAGAAAAAGAAUAAAAAAAUAUUUCAAGUUAAAUCGAAUCUUAUUUUUAUAAAUACAUGUAAUGGCCUAUCAUAUAUUCUCUAAAAGAUAGAAACGUUUAUAAGAAAUUUGAUGUAAGAGUGCAUAUGCACACGUAUGUUGCAUGCUAUACUUUGAACUCCUGAACGGUAAAAGUCAAAAUCGUCAUUAUUGAACUUGACUUCUUUUUUGUCAUCAGUAACAACAUAUUAAAAUUUGAAAA